UCCCAUCCUUAGAUUCGCUCCCCGGGGCUGGGAGCGGAGACGGAGGAGCGGGGAGAGGCUGAAUGUGGGCUCCCUGAUAAAGGGGGAAGGCCGCUCCGCAGCGCCCUCCCAUCCCGCUCGCUCUCGGCACCCACCUGGCUCCUGGGCGCGCAGCCCCUGCGGACGGACGGCCGCGCAGACCUCUCUGAAGAGGCGCUGCCCACGGCGGGGACUGACCCGUGGCGUCAGUGCCACGCCGCCACCCCCACCCGCCUGCCCGCCGGUCCCUCCGGUCGCCGCCAUGUCCUCCUCCUCCUCCUCCCCCAGGGAGACAUACGAGGAGGACCGCGAGUACGAGAACCAGGCCAAGCGCCUCAAGACGGAGGAGGGGGAGAUCGACUACUCGGCCGAGGAAGGCGAGAACCGCCGGGAAGCGACGCCCCGGGGCGGAGGCGAUGGCGGCGGUGGCGGCGGCCGGAGCUUCUCACAGCCGGAGGCAGGUGGAAGUCAUCAUAAAGUUUCUGUUUCACCCGUGGUCCAUGUCCGAGGACUCUGUGAAUCUGUGGUGGAAGCUGACCUUGUGGAGGCUCUGGAAAAAUUUGGGACGAUAUGCUAUGUGAUGAUGAUGCCAUUUAAACGGCAGGCUCUAGUGGAAUUUGAGAACAUAGAUAGUGCCAAAGAAUGUGUGACAUUUGCUGCGGACGAACCUGUGUACAUUGCUGGUCAACAGGCUUUUUUCAACUACUCUACGAGCAAAAGGAUCACUCGGCCAGGAAACACUGAUGAUCCAUCAGGAGGCAACAAAGUUCUCCUGCUAUCAAUUCAGAAUCCUCUUUAUCCUAUUACGGUGGAUGUGUUAUAUACUGUAUGCAACCCUGUUGGAAAAGUGCAGCGUAUUGUUAUAUUCAAGAGAAAUGGGAUACAAGCAAUGGUUGAGUUUGAAUCAGUCCUUUGUGCCCAGAAAGCUAAAGCAGCGCUCAAUGGAGCAGAUAUAUACGCUGGAUGUUGCACACUGAAAAUCGAAUAUGCAAGGCCAACUCGUCUAAAUGUUAUUAGGAAUGACAAUGACAGUUGGGACUACACUAAACCAUAUUUGGGAAGACGAGAUAGAGGAAAGGGUCGCCAGAGACAAGCCAUUUUGGGAGAACACCCUUCUUCGUUUAGACAUGAUGGCUAUGGAUCCCAUGGUCCAUUAUUGCCUUUGCCGAGUCGUUACAGAAUGGGCUCUCGAGAUACUCCUGAGCUUGUUGCAUAUCCAUUACCACAGGCUUCUUCCUCUUACAUGCAUGGAGGAAAUCCCUCUGGUUCAGUAGUAAUGGUUAGUGGAUUACAUCAGCUAAAAAUGAAUUGUUCAAGAGUCUUCAAUUUAUUCUGCUUAUAUGGAAAUAUUGAAAAGGUAAAAUUUAUGAAGACCAUUCCUGGUACAGCACUGGUAGAAAUGGGUGAUGAAUAUGCUGUAGAAAGAGCUGUUACACACCUUAACAAUGUCAAACUAUUUGGGAAGAGACUUAAUGUUUGUGUAUCUAAACAACACUCAGUUGUUCCAAGUCAAAUAUUUGAGCUGGAGGAUGGUACAAGUAGCUACAAAGAUUUUGCAAUGAGCAAAAAUAAUCGCUUUACAAGUGCUGGCCAAGCAUCUAAGAAUAUAAUCCAACCACCCUCGUGUGUGCUGCAUUAUUACAAUGUUCCAUUGUGUGUCACAGAGGAGACCUUCACAAAGUUGUGUAAUGACCAUGAAGUUCUUACAUUCAUCAAAUACAAAGUGUUUGAUGCAAAACCUUCUGCAAAAACGCUUUCUGGGCUAUUAGAGUGGGAAUGUAAAACUGAUGCAGUAGAAGCCCUUACAGCACUUAAUCACUACCAGAUAAGAGUUCCAAAUGGCUCCAAUCCCUACACAUUGAAACUUUGCUUUUCUACAUCAUCCCAUUUAUAAGAAGAGAAGAGCAUGUUAGAAUUUAUGUUCACCUUUAUUACCAUUUUAAAGCUAUACUUCGUUUAAAAAAUCUAAAAUGGUUGACCUAAUGUUGCCUUGCUUACUUUGACUUAAGAUCCUGUUCUGUAAUAAUCAAAUAUUUUGCCUUGAGUAAAUUUGUUGUAAACUUACAUAUGGAAUUGUUUUCAUUUUAAAAUAGAAUAUCACUAUGUAGACUAUCUACAGCUUCCUUGUAGAUUAUGCAAAUACAUGAUUUCUAAUCUUAUUAUUUUUCUUCCACAGUGAAAAUAUAUUCACAUUCUUAAUGCUAAUCUGCAAGUAUUUUUCCAUUGUGUAUGAGAUUAAUGCAGGUGAAAGUAUUGCAUUUUAAUAUUAUAGAAUUCCUAUUAUAUGUUUAGAUGUUUAAGUAUGUUGCAGUUAUUCAUAUUAAACAUAACUUGUAUUUAUUAAGUAUUUUAAUCAAGUUUGAGAAUAACAUUACACAUAUUAAAUUUUAAGUACUACAGGUUUAGUUGGUUUUAUAUUUCUGGAAGGCUAACAGACAUACGGAUACACUUGUACAGUAUGAACUUAAACUUAUUUAAAUUGGUGGGGGUUUGUUUGUGUUUUUUUUUUUUUAAGUCAUUGUCCAUUUGUAUUGACAUGCCUCUGUUUCUAAUUCCAGUUUGGAGGUUUUAUAAAGUUACAACAAUGAAUUAAUAUGUUCAUUUUCAUUGGUUGCAUGUGACUUGACCUUGAAAACACAUCUGGUAUUUGGCAUUGAGAUUUUAAUAGAAGUUAUGAUUAACAGUUUUUCUUUUAGAUAAUCUGAGAUCUAUAGAUGGUCUUUAGGGAGUCUGUGAAUCCCCUAAAAUUGUAUGUAGAAUUUUGGGUACUGCAUUUUUAUUUUUUACUCUUAAAUCCAUCAGUAAUAUAUGUAUUUUUCUAUAUGGUGCAAGGUAUAAGGAUCUAAUUUUAUUUUUAUUCCAAACAGAUAGCUAUUUGUUUCAACACCAUUUAUUAAACAUUCUUUCUCCCAGUGGUUCUGUUUUUUUUCCUUUUAUUAAAAAAUAAUAUAUCUCAUACAGAGGCAAGUGAGAUGUAAGGACGACACAUAGUAUUAAGAUACUAUAACACACUUGUUAUCAAGUUCAUAGCUUUUUUAUAAUAGAAAACUGAUAACCGUGUUUCCCUGAAAAUAAGACCUACCCCAAAAACAAGCCCCCGUUCAGAUCGCAGCCAGACGGAUGCAUUUAGUA